UUUGAAGAUAAAUCUGAUGCGGUAUUUGAUAUUACAGAAAAAUGUGGUGAAAUUCUGGAUGCAGAGAUGUCUGAGGACGCUGAGCACAACUUAGCACCUGCCCUGGACAGCUUGUCCUACGGAGCACCCAACCGAGCAGGAGCUGAGAAUUCACUGCAGGGUGAUGAUCAUGAUUAUUUUCUGAACUCUGGGGAUCUUGCAGGCAUACCUGUUGUUGGGAGUGACAACGAAGAUGAGCAGAAUUUCACUCCAAAAGACACUCUUUCUUCAGCAAUUCAUGAUGAAGAUCAUCUGCAAGAGGGCAAGAGAGUUCCAGAUCAUGAACUGGACAGUGAAAAAGAAAUUCAGGUUCAGAAUGCAACCCAGAAGGAUCUCACUUCCCCCUUUGAGCAGGGCCCUGUAUUUAAAUCACUUCGAAAAGAUUUUAGCAGAACACGAGAUAAUGGCAAAGAGACUUUUUCAGCCAAGGACAAGAAUAGAGAAGGACAUUUUCAAGAACGUGAAAAACGGUUGGAAAAAAUCCCUAAAGAUAUGGAUUCUAGAUUGAAAAGCAGUUUUCUUGACAAAGCAGUUCAUAAUCAAGUAGAAGAAACAUUACGGACGCAGUUAGCGCCACAAACUCCAGAAACUAACUUCAGGGAGUCUAGCUACCUAUUUUCUAGUAAGGAAUCUAUUGGACAAGAGCUGGGGAAUUCCUUUGCAUCAAAUAUUAGAAUUAAGAAGGAGCCUUUGGAUGACGAAUAUGCUAAAGCUAUGGCCCCACAGCAGGGACUAUUAGACAAAAUUAAAGAUGAACCUGGUAAUUCUGAGGAGUACGGCCAACAGCCAAAAUCUCAGGAAGGGGAGCUGAAAAUCAGUGCUGUAUUUUCAGUCAGUGGCAAUCCUCUUGUUCCACAGCUGUCAUCAGGUUUCCAGCCUGCUGUGGCAUCCUCUGGCAUGAGUAAAAUGCUCCCCUCAGUUCCAAGCACAGCUGUUCGGGUUUCCUGUUCUGGCUGUAAAAAAAUCCUGCAGAAGGGACAAACUGCCUACCAGAGGAAAGGCUCAACCCAGCUCUUCUGCUCCACACUGUGCCUCACUGGAUACACCAUUCCAGCUUCUCGCCCACCAGCUUCUACCAAGAAAACCUGCUCAAGCUGCUCAAAAGAAAUUCUAAAUCCAAAGGAUGUAAUCACUGCCCAGUUUGACAACACAGACUUCAGUAAGGAUUUCUGCAGCCAGUCUUGUCUGUCCACAUAUGAACUGAAAAGGAAACCCAUUGUCACCAUCCACACCAACAGCAUUUCCAGCAAGUGCAGCAUGUGCCAGAAGAACGCAGUGAUCAGGCAUGAGGUGAAUUACCAGAACGUGGUGCACAAGCUCUGCAGCGACGCCUGCUUCUCCCAAUUCCGCUCGGCCAACAACCUGACCAUGAACUGCUGUGAAUAUUGUGGGGGAUACUGCUACAGUGGCUCUGGCCAGUGUCACAUCCUGCAGAUAGAGGGACAGUCCAAAAAAUUCUGCAGCUCCAUAUGUGUGACAGGUUACAAGCAGAAGUCAGCUAAAAUUACACCCUGCACACUGUGUAAAUCUCUGAGAUCUUCAGCUGAGAUGGUGGAGGGCACAAAUAACUUGGGGAAGAUGGAACUGUUUUGUUCUGUGAACUGUUUGUCAGCAUACAGAGUAAAAAUGGUCACUUCUUCAGGUUGUCAAGUUCAAUGCAACAGCUGUAAAAUCUCAGCAAACCCUCAGUAUCACUUGGCCAUGUCAGAUGGGAGCAUACGAAAUUUUUGCAGCUACAAUUGUGUCGUAGCAUUUCAGAAUCUAUUCAACAAGCCCACAGGGCUGAACUCCUCGGUGGUGCCCCUGUCUCAGGGCCAGGUCAUUGUCAGCAUCUCCUCGGGGACAGUGGCAGCCACUGGCACCACCUCAACCGUGUCCCCCAGCUCCACCAGCAGCCCAGCAGCAGCAGGGCUCCAGAGAUUGGCUGCCCAGUGCCAGCAGGUCACCUUCACCCGUUCUGUUGUGAAAAUCAAGUGUCACCACUGUAACAGAUCGUUUGCCACCAAACCGGAACUGCUUGACUACAAGGGUAAAAUGUUCCAGUUCUGUGGGAAGAUCUGCUGUGAUGAAUAUAAGAAGAAGGGCAAUAUGAUGGCUUUGUGUGAAUACUGCAGGUUUGAGAAAAUUAUCAAGGAGACAGUGAGAGUCUCAGGCGUAGAUAAAACAUUCUGCAGUGAAGUCUGUAAACUGCUCUAUAAACACGACUUGUCCAAGCGCUGGGGAAACCACUGUAAAAUGUGCAGUUACUGUUUACAAACCUCCCCCAAACUGCUCCAGAAUCACUUUGGGGGGAAAACAGAGGAGUUUUGCUCAGAGGAGUGCAUGUCUAAAUUCACUGCUUUGUUUUACCAGAUGGCAAAGUGUGAUGGUUGUAAGAGACAAGGUAAACUCAACGAGUCCAUAAAAUGGCAAGGGGAGAUGAAGCAUUUUUGCAAUCUGCUUUGUAUUCUGUUGUUCUGUAAACAGCAAAGUGCUCCUGACCCUCCACUCCCAAACAACACAGCAAACCUUUCCAUGGCACCAGCCUCCUCCUCAGGCCCUCCUUCUUUAAGAAAGGACUCAACCCCUGUCAUAGCAAACGUGGUGUCCCUUGCAAGCACCCCAGCUGCCCAGCCUACUGUUAACUCCAACAAUGUUUUACAGGGUGCAGUCCCUACUGUGACAGCAAAAACAAUAGGAGAUGCAAGUACCCAGACAGAUGCCCUAAAGCUCCCAUCAUCAAAACCACCCAGGCUUCUGAAAAACAAAGCUUUAUUGUGUAAGCCAAUCACCCAGACUAAGGCCACCUCCUGCAAACCUCACACACAAAACAAAGAAUGCCAGACAGAAGGAGAAGAAGCUCCUGCUCAGCCCCAGAUCAUUGUGGUACCUGUUCCUGUUCCAGUGUUUGUGCCAGUGCCCCUCCACCUCUACACCCAGUACACACCAGUUCCCCUGGGAAUGCCAAUACCUGUACCAGUUCCCAUGCUCAUCCCAACCACCCCGGACAAUGCUGAUAAGAUCAUUGAAAACAUUCAGGAAAACAAGGAAAAGAUUCCCAUUAAUCCAUUUGAAGCUGAUCUCCUUCAGAUGGCAGAAAUGAUUGCAGAAGAUGCAGAGAGGGAUAAAACACACUCUCAUGGUGGAUCUCAGACAUCUGAGCACGAGCUCUUCCUGGACCCCAAGAUAUUUGAGAAAGACCAGGGCAGCACCUACAGUGGAGAUCUGGAAUCAGAGGCAGUGUCCACUCCUCACAGCUGGGAGGAGGAAUUGAAUCACUACACCUUGAGAUCCAAUGCCCUGCCAGAGCCUGAGCCAGAGCUCAAGCCGUUCUCCAAAGGUGAUGUGGAACAGGAUCUGGAGGCAGAUUUCCCAUCAGACUCAUUUGACCCUCUCAGUAAAGGACCGGGUUUGCAUUCACGUUCACGAGCGAGACGGAGACACAGGGAUGGCUUCCCCCAGCCAAAAAGAAGGGGACGGAAGAAGUCGGUGGUUGCUGUGGAGCCCCGGGGUUUGGUGCAGGGCUCCUACCCUGGCUGCUCUGUUUCUGGCAUGACCCUCAAAUACAUGUAUGGGGUCAAUGCCUGGAAAAACUGGGUCCAAUGGAAAAAUGCACAGGAGGAACAAGGGGACCUGAAGUUUUCAGUUCAUCCUGUGAAGCUCAAGGAGGACAUUCUCUCCUGCACAUUUGCUGAGCUGAGUUUUGGUUUGUGCCAGUUUAUUCAAGAGGUGCGGAGACCAAACGGAGAAAAAUACGACCCUGACAGCAUCUUAUACUUGUGCCUUGGAAUUCAGCAGUACCUGUUUGAGAAUGGUAGAAUAGAUAACAUUUUCACCGAGCCCUAUUCCAGGUUUAUGAUUGAACUUACAAAACUUUUGAAAAUCUGGGAACCUACAAUUCUUCCAAAUGGUUAUAUGUUCUCAAGAAUUGAAGAGGAACACUUGUGGGAAUGUAAGCAGCUGGGUGCAUAUUCCCCCAUCGUUUUGUUGAACACUCUUCUGUUCUUCAACACCAAAUAUUUCCAACUAAAGAAUGUCAGUGAGCACCUGAAACUGUCCUUUGCCCACGUUAUGAGGCGCACCCGGACUCUGAAGUAUAAUACUAAGAUGACAUAUUUACGUUUUUUCCCACCCUUUCAAAAACAAGAGGUAGAAUCAGAUAAAUUAUCAGUAGGCAAGAGGAAACGCAGUGAAGAUGAGGAGGUUCCCACAGCAGUGGAAAUGGCUGAAAACUCAGAUAACCCCCUCCGGUGCCCAGUCCGACUUUAUGAAUUCUACUUAUCAAAAUGUUCUGAAAGUGUGAAGCAGAGGAGUGAUGUGUUCUACCUGCAGCCCGAGCGCUCCUGUGUUCCCAACAGCCCCAUUUGGUAUUCCACAUUGCCAAUAGACCCAGGAACCUUGGACAUCAUGUUAACAAGGAUUCUUAUGGUGAGGGAGGUACACGAAGAACUUGCCAAAGUCAAAUCAGAGGACUCUGAUAUUGAGUUAUCAGACUAACUGCAGUGGGGUAUUUUCCUUUGAAUACACGUCAGAAGCACCAAAAUGUGAAUACGUCCAGCCUUUGGAAAAUGUGUAUCAAAUAAGCCAAGAUAACGUCACCUACAGGCAGAUUUUGUACCACAGUGGAUGUACAAACUGGAACUGGAAGGAAGCAAAGGAAGCAAGCUGUGUAAGCUGCAAAUCCCAACGUCCUGCAGCACUGAUCAAUCCUCAGAACAAAUCCAAGUGGAACUCACCCAUUGGAUUGGUGCAUAAAUCCUUUAUCUGUUUAGGAUUUUUAUAAGUUGUGAGAUCUUUCUAAGGGAAAAAAAAAAAGGUUGUGUAAAAUCUACCCUCACUCUGGUGGGCAUGGAGAGCUAGAUUGUGGCUCAGGUGACUUCCCAGCCCUUGCUGCCAAGGAACACGUGGAGAUCCUUGAGCUCUUCCAGAGGAUCCGAGAGAAAGGGGUGAGGUUUAGACAAACAGACACCUUCCGUUAUAAAUACACCCACACCUACACUUUUAUAAUUUUUUUUUUUUUAAACUGGGAUCAAAUGUUAGGAAGGCAGGAGCCACUGGCCAUCCCAAGGGACAACUCUGGCUGCUCUUAACUGGUCACACGAGGCUGGACUCCAGCUCCGGGCUCACACCAACUCCAGCUGUGUUGGAAGAGGUGCUGCAGGUCAAACUUGUGAGUGACCUUUGGGGAAUGUCCAGGAGGGAUGCCCUGGGCUCUGUGCAGAAUUCCUUUCCCAGCCCAGUAGCUCUGCAGUCUGUCCAUAUAACCCAGUGAAUACUGUGGUGCGUGGAAAGUUCAUUUCCCUUAAGGCAGCUUUCCUUUCUCCUCUUUCCCUACUCCUAUGGUUUUGAUUCUUUUGUAAGGCAAAUCUAGAGAGGGCUUUGUCAUUUCGAGCAGGAAUACACACACACUCUUUCUCUUUCCACCUUAGCAACACGGGCAGCGUUGUACAAAGGAUGCAGUAUUACUUCUGACUACAGAACUGUGGUAGAAAAUGACCAUGUGUGUUUUUAUCCCGCCCCACCCAAAGAGAUUUAGUCAUAGUGUUGGAAAUUGAAAGAGAUUUUUUUUUUAAGGCUUGGCUGUUACUGAGUCUUUUGGAAGAGUAAAGCUCCCAUGUGGUGUUUGGAGGACAGGACAUUAUCAGAUACUGUCUGUAUCUCUGUUUUCUCAAGCUCUAGGUGUGUGUUUCUGAUGACCAGUGGUCACAAAUUCACUGGCAACCCAAGCUAUUUUUGAAGAGGAGAAUUAUAUGGUUUUUAUCUAGCUCUGGUCAGUUAUCCAUCUUCUGUAACAAGGGUCUGAUAUUUGAGCUUGUCACUAAAAUUUCAAGAGAUGAAAAUCAACAGCCUUGAAAAAUAUUUCAGGUUUUUUGUUUUGUUUUGGUUGGUUGUUUUUUUUUAUUAUUAUUUUUUUAGCAGUUACAAAAGUAAUUUAACAAAAAUAAAAUCAGAAAGUAGUCUAUUGACGUUGUGUACUCGGUAGUCCUGUCCCUGCCUGUAACAGAUUUCACUGAUGUAUUUUUUAAUACAGAAAAUUAUGUGAAAAGUAAAACCUGCCCCUGAUUCUGUCUGACCAAAGCCCAUUUGUGUCUGUCAUUUCUGAGCAAAGGUUCUGCUUUCUCCAUGGCCUGGCAGGGGGAGAUGUUUUGUGGGGAGGGCAGGAUGGGGAUGGUGUGCAAAAUAAUCCCAAAGUUCCUUAAUAGAGUUUAACAGAAAUAUUCCCAUUGAAUAACGUAGGAUGUUUGUACCUUAUGAGAAACACUUUGCUUCCUCUGAACAUCCUCACUGUUUCUUGUCUUGGGAGCACCUUAAUUGUGGCCAAUUUUUUUGCAGGCAUUGAGAAUGAAAGAUAGGCAAGUGAAAUCACUUUAACUUUCACUGGCUGAGAGCAGAGUUGUUAAACAUGGUGUAAACUCCUUUGGUGUGGUGGCUGGGACAUGAGAAACAUUUCAUUGCAGUUCCAUGGUGAUAAUUAACACAGUAAGUAGUUUUAGUUUCUGUCUCACUCCUGCUUGGAGGCCCUUUGGCAAUGGUCUGUUUUUCCCAGGGUCUGCCUGGGCUGUUUUUGCCUCUUGAGGGAUUUCUUGUCAGCUCAACUCAAGUUCACACAGACAACACAAGAAGGAUUACCUUGAAGGAUUAAAGUAUAUACAAAUUAUA